UCAGCCACAGAGCAUGCAGAGACGCGCAGAGCACAGGCAGACAGUCAGAGUCCCCUGGUUGUUUGACAGUAACGGGUUUCCGUUUGGAUUCAUAUGGACUGAAGUGUCACUGACUUCCUCCUGGCGUUUAGCAUGAGUUUGAAAGAGUUUUUUGAUUAACUGGACUUUCUUGCUGAGCGCAAGUUUCCUGUCAGUUUUGUCCUGGAGUGUUUGCGCACAGAAGGCAGCGAUGGAGGCGCGCAUCCCGGCUUGGUGCGUCCUGAUUACUCUCAUCCUGUACUUAACGCGCUGCAAGGCGGCCAAGGAGCUCCAGUGCCAGGAGAUAUCGGUUCCUCUCUGCAAAGGGAUCGGCUACAACUUCACCUAUAUGCCAAACCAGUUCAACCACGACACCCAGGAUGAAGCCGGGCUGGAGGUUCACCAGUUCUGGCCGCUGGUGGAGAUAAAGUGCUCCCCGGACCUGCGCUUCUUCCUCUGCAGCAUGUACACACCGAUCUGCCUGGAGGAUUACAAGAAGCCGCUGCCGCCGUGCAGGAGCGUGUGUGAGCGAGCCAAGGCUGGGUGCGCGCCGCUCAUGAGCCAGUACGGCUUCCCGUGGCCGGACCGGAUGAGGUGCGACCUGCUGCCCGAGCAGGGGGACCAAAACACUCUGUGCAUGGACUAUAACAGGAGCCAGACCACCACCGCAUCUCCCGUCCUGGUCAAACCUACCAACCGGUCGCUGAAGCCAUAUAAUAAGAAAAAGAGCGGCUACGGCCGAGGUUUCCCCGGCAAACACAAACCCGCCGCGUCUCCCUGCGAGACGGGCUGCUUCUGCCGUGCGCCCAUGGUGCCACUCAGUGCGGAGGGCCACCCUAUGCGCAACCGCGUCAAGACGGGACAGAUCACCGACUGCGCCAUGCCUUGUCACAAUCCCUACUUCACCCAGGAGGAGAGGACUUUCACCGCCUUCUGGAUCGGCCUGUGGUCGGUCCUCUGCUUCAUUUCCACUUUUGCAACAGUUGCAACUUUCCUCAUAGACAUGGAGAGGUUCAAGUAUCCGGAGCGGCCCAUCAUCUUCCUCUCUGCCUGCUACAUGUUUGUGUCGGUAGGAUAUAUUGUCAGGCUGAUCGCCGGACAUGAGGAAGUUGCGUGCAACAGGGAAAACGGCGCAGAGCACAUCCACUAUGAGACGACGGGUCCUGCGCUCUGCACCAUCGUUUUCCUGCUCAUUUAUUUCUUCGGCAUGGCCAGCUCCAUCUGGUGGGUGAUUCUGUCUCUCACCUGGUUCCUGGCAGCAGGUAUGAAGUGGGGGAACGAGGCUAUCGCCAGUUACUCCCAGUACUUCCACCUGGCCGCCUGGCUCAUCCCCAGCCUCAAGUCCAUAACUGUUUUGGCGCUCAGCUCGGUGGACGGAGACUCUGUGGCUGGAAUCUGCUACGUGGGGAAUCAAAACCUGGAUAACCUGCGGGGGUUUGUGCUCGCCCCGCUGGUCAUCUACCUGUUCAUCGGAACCAUGUUCCUGCUCGCAGGGUUCGUCUCGCUGUUCCGCAUCCGGAGCGUUAUAAAGCAAGGCGGAACCAAGACUGACAAACUUGAGCGCCUCAUGAUCCGGAUCGGAGUUUUCACGGUUCUCUACACCGUCCCGGCCACGGUCAUAGUGGCCUGUUACUUUUAUGAGCAGCACAACAGGCAGACGUGGGAGAUUACGCACAACUGUACGUGCGUAACGGACCGCAGCAGGCAGAGACCGGACUAUGCCGUGUUCAUGCUGAAAUACUUCAUGUGCCUCCUGGUGGGGAUCACCUCGGGGGCCUGGAUCUGGUCCGGGAAGACAUUGGAGUCCUGGAGGACUUUUUGCACACGCUGCUGCUGGGGGAGCAAAGCGUCAGCUGGCUCCAUGUACAGUGAUGUGAGUACCGGACUGACCUGGAGAUCCGGGACUGCCAGCUCGGUCUCCUGCCCCAAACAAAUGCCUCUGUCCCGAGUCUGAACAGGUCAGGCGGGCUGUCGAGGGCGCACGGACGCGUUAAUGUCUCCUCUGUCUUUAGACUGUAAAAGCAGCUCUUUUAAAUAUUUUUUAUGAGAUAAAUUAUUGAAACUAAGGUACAAAGAAGACAGAUUGGCCCUUUUGUGUUUUGAAAAACUUCUUAAAUGAGUUGGAGCGCAAGCUUUUAUUGCCUUAUCCAAAUGACGUCCAUGUACGGGUUUAAGGAGGGGGGGGACCAAUUGUGUUAGGAUUGUCCGUCAGUGUGUUGUAAUUAGCACAAUAAUGGGCGCCUAAUGGUUUCUCUUUAAAUAAUGAGCCUGUCAGCAGCAGCAGAACAAUGCAGUACCUGCCCCGAAGAAUGCAGCCUUAUGUAGGAUUAAUUGAAUGCAUAUUGCCAGAGCCGGCCAGAGGCACAAGCAAAUUAAGCAGUUUAGGGCUUGGAGGGCAACAGAGCGCUUGACUUCUCCUACUGAAGAUGGGUUAAUAACUUCACAG